GAGAGAGAGAGCAAGAAAUGUGUCGACAUAAGAACAGCUCAACAGCUUCUGCUCUCUAUUCUCUCUAAAAUGGCCUUUGUCUCUCUUCGCAUUAACCACUUUUGGCUCUCUCUCAAUCGCUCAUAGCUGUGCAAACAUAUAUUCCACUCCGCACCCCUUUUUCUUUCUCUCUUUCUCUCAAUUACACCCAUGAAUUUCUCUCCAAUGGAGCUUCUAUUUGCUUGUUUUCUCUGUUUUUUCUCGCUUUUUGUUUCUGGGUUUCGACCAGACUUUCCAUUACUCGACUUUGAAGAAGGCUAUAACCCUUUGUUUGGCGAUGACAAUCUCGUUGUUCUCAAGGAUGGGAAAUCCGUUCAUCUUCAUCUCGAUGAAAGAACGGGUUCUGGGUUUGUGUCUCAGGACCUUUAUCUUCAUGGGUUUUUCAGCGCUUCCAUUAAGUUGCCUUCUGAUUACACUGCUGGAGUUGUUGUUGCCUUUUAUAUGUCAAAUGGAGACAUGUUUGCCAAGAACCAUGAUGAGAUAGAUUUUGAGUUCUUGGGGAAUAUCAGAGGCAAAGAUUGGAGAAUUCAAACCAAUAUUUAUGGGAAUGGAAGCACGAGCAUAGGCAGAGAAGAAAGAUAUGGACUCUGGUUUGAUCCAUCAGAGGAUUUUCAUGAAUACACCAUUCUCUGGACUCAAUCUCUCAUCAUAUUUUAUGUGGACAAUGUUCCCAUUAGAGAGGCGAAGAGAACAGCAACAAUGGGAGGGGACUUCCCUUCUAAACCAAUGACUUUGUAUGCCACAAUAUGGGAUGGAUCUACUUGGGCUACCAAUGGUGGCAAAUACAAAGUUAACUACAAAUACGCGCCUUACAUUGCCGAAUUCUCUGAUUUCAUCCUCCACGGCUGCGCUAUCGAUCCAACUGACCAGUCCUCAAGCUGUGAUCACUCCCAAAACUCCAACCCAAUCCCUUCAGGUAUAACACCAUCUCAAAGAGCCAAAAUGGAGAGCCUCAGAAAGAAGCACUUGACAUACUCCUAUUGCUACGACCGCAUCCGCUACAAGGCCCCUCCACCGGAGUGUGUGAUCAACCCUGCAGAGGCUGAACGACUCCGAGUCUUCGACCCUGUAACAUUCGGUAAAGGAAGACGCCAUCGUGGGAAAAUCCACCACCACAGCCUCCUAAACCAGGCAGAAUCCACCGCCUCUGCUUGAGACAUGGCAUAUUCUUUCGUGGGGGUCAUUUUCUCGUGUAUAGACGACGACCGAGGUCAGUCGAUAGAUUUGUUGAAGGUGCCAUAGGAGGAGAUCCACAUUGAAGAGCAUCUGUAUAGUUCAUUUAUUUUGUUUUCAUUGUCACUUCACAGUUUCAUUACAUUCUUGGUUUUCUGAUUACCACAUUCAGUAGUUGCAGUGUUAAUGGAUUGUUUUGAAUUUGAUAUGAAACCCUCAUAAAUUUGAAUAAAAAAAGUUCAGGAUUUCAGGUUUUG